CACACAUGCCAAACCUCACAAACUCCUUUCAAACCCUCUUCGUAGUUUGCCUCCAAAAAAAAAACACUUAGCGCCCCUCCUCGCGGCAGCACGAUGCUCACCACAGCACACAGCCGGCAGCAUCAUCAUGCCUUCGAGAAGAGCCCUAGCAGCCACGUGAAGAACCUCGACAGGAAGCUGCAGCAGGCCAUGAACAAUGCGACCAGCAAGUACAUGCAGAGGAUCUACCCUCUGGGCAUCCAGAGGAGCAGCUCCAACCUCACAUUGUCGUCGCUCUCCCUGUCGCAGAACUCCAACGACUCCUCGCUCAGCAGCUCCAACUCCAGCUGGGAGCCCAAGGUGCCGCUGCUGUAUGGCGGCACCUUCAGCCCCUGGGGCGAUGUGCUGGUGUCUCUGGAGAUGAGGAGAGAGGACGACGACAAGGCCAGUGACCACGACGUUGAAGGGGGUGAGGACGACUUCGAUUGCAGCGAGCCGGGGAGCUUGCAUAGGUGCAGCUGGAUCACCAAGAACAGUGAUGAGGCGUACGUUCAGUUCCACGACGAGUGCUGGGGCGUCCCCGUGUACAGCGACAACCGCCUCUUCGAGCUUCUGUCGCUGUCCGGGAUGCUCAUAGACCACAACUGGACGGAGAUACUCAAGAGGCGAGACAUGUACAGGGAGGUGUUCGCCGACUUCGACCCCAGCACUGUGGCGAAGAUGGACGAGGACGCCAUCGCCGAGAUCAGCGGCAACAAGGAGCUCAAGCUGGCCGAGGCCAGGGUCCGUUGCAUCGUCGAGAACGCCAAGUGCAUCCAGAAGGCGAGUCGAUCCAUGGACCUGAACGAACUGAAUUGUUCGACUCACCUCGAUCACAAAGAUGAACCACUGAAGAAUUUUUUUUCUUUUUGCAAAAAUGAUUUCUCCCUGAACUGUUUAAAAAAACUUCUAAUAAACGAGGCCAUGCAUGAGAGACAAAUGCAAAUUCCAUGGGUGCAGGUGGCCAAGGAAUUCGGGUCGUUCAGCGGGUACAUGUGGGGGCACGUGAACCACCGGCCGGUGGUGGGCAAGUACCGGCACCACAAGUACAUCCCGUUCCGGACGCCCAAGUCGGAGGCGGUGAGCAAGGACCUCGUCCGCCGGGGCUUCCGCCUCGUCGGCCCCGUCAUCGUCUACUCCUUCAUGCAGGCCGCCGGCAUGGCCAUCGACCACCUCGUCGACUGCUUCCGCUUCCCGGAGUGCGUCCGCCUCGCCGAGCGGUCCUGGGGCAUCACCAACAUCGCCGCGUAGCCGCCGGCCGGCCGGUCGUCGGCGGCGUGCUCGCUCGCUCGCUCGGCGCUCCAAUUUUUUUUUACACCUUCUUCUGGUGUCAUUUUCUUGAAGUGUGUGUGAAAUGUAGAGGAGUAAAUGCUAAGUUAUGAUGUAAUAAUUUUAUUUUCUCUUUAAACUUGAAAAGUUCUCCAGUAGUAGUACUGAAAUAGGGGCUGCAACAGGCUUGUGUAACAAUAAGGUUUUUUUCUAAGAUUUUUUUACCAAAUAUUAAUUCAGGUUGUUGAGCUUAA